AUGCAUCUUCUCUGCUCCCGCGUUAUUCUUUGUGCAGUUCUUGUGUCUCUGAUCACUGUUUCAAUUGCUGAUCCGGUAUUGGUAACAGUGAAAGGCUCGUCUGAACGCUUCACUAGAGAAUUUCAAACGAUGGCAGUGCAGAGAAGACACAAACGAGGGGCUCCAGCAACUCCCGCGGUUGGCCACGGCAUCGGUUCUACGAUCCCACUACGACUGCCGUCGAUCAGAAGUGGGCUAAAAGAGCGAGUUGUGGGCGUCGGAACAGGCUCAAUGAGUCUCGACAUGCGGAGACCGACCAUACGUGUGGAUGGAAGCGAUGCAAAGGCAAGUAGCCGAGUGGUUUUGUCGGAAUAUUUCGAUUUGAUUCGGUUCUGUUCAAUGUUUAAUGUUUCAUCGAGCAUUUCUGAUUUUAUCUCAAGGUUCUCGGGCACCAGAAGCGAUGUGAACUGGUCCGGAAAAACGCAACAAAUCAACGACAAGAGCAUAGCUGUGGGGCCAGGAACAUUCGUUUUCGGAACCGGGCCAACCGGUGCCUUUAUGAAGAAAGCCGAUUGA